AUGUCCUCUACUACAGCUGCCCAACAGUCCGACAAUGUCGCCCAUGCCCUCAGUGGGGCAGGCGGAGGUAUCCUCUCCAUGGCCCUCACAUAUCCUCUCAUCACCCUCUCCACGCGUGCACAAGUCGAAUCCAAGCGCGCCGACUCCGACUUCCUCAGCACCGUCCAGCGCAUCGUACAAAGGGAGGGCGUAACCGGUCUCUACGCUGGUCUUGACUCUGCCCUCUUCGGCAUCAGCGUCACAAACUUCGUUUACUACUACUGGUACGAAUGGACACGCUCCGGUUUCGAGAAAGCCGCAGUCACGGCUGGCCGAGCCUCCAAGAGACUCACAACCGUCGAGUCGAUGAUUGCCGGGGCCAUCGCGGGAUCCGCAACAGUGAUGCUCACCAACCCAAUUUGGGUGGUCAACACGCGCAUGACGACCCGCAAGAAGAACAAGGAGACGGUUGAGGGGCUUUUGCCUGGGUCCGUGGCGCCGAGACAGCCGACUACUAUUGGGACGCUGAUGGCCUUGAUCAAGGAGGAGGGACCCUUGGCCCUGUUCUCGGGCGUUGCGCCCGCACUGGUACUGGUCAUCAAUCCGAUCCUACAAUACACAAUCUUCGAGCAGUUGCGCAAUUCGAUCGAGAAGAGGAGGAGGGUUACGCCUACCAUUGCGUUCUUGCUCGGCGCUUUGGGGAAGCUGUUUGCUACAAGCAUUACCUACCCUUACAUUACGGUGAAGAGCCAGAUGCACGUUGCUGGUCGCGAUGGUGGUAAGGAGAACAUGAUGCAGGCUAUGAGGCGAGUCAUCAACGAGGAGGGAUAUGCUGGUCUUUACAAAGGUAUUGGACCUAAGGUCACCCAGAGUGUUCUAACCGCGGCUUUCUUGUUCGCCUUCAAAGAUGUUCUGUAUGAGCAAACCAUCAAGCUGCGUCGCAAGAUCCCAGUAAAGGCGUUGGUGGUACAUAGUUGGUUGAUGAUGUAUGAUACAAAUUGGAUUCUAUUGGGAGGAGGCACUGGGCAUUCAAGGCGUCGGGAUGGUUGGACGGAAAUUGCGUGGUUUUGA